AUGUGGAACCGGAUUCUGGCGCGCUCUGUCCGCGGUGUGCAUUCGCACGCGCUGCGACCCACAAUGCCGCGUGCAGAGGAGAGCAUACGUGAUAUCGGCAAAGCACAAAGCACAUACCAUCCGCACGGGUACGGAAACUCUGCUGGUUACAUUCGCGCACGGAAGCCGUACGUCGUGAAGAAUGUGGUCGGUGCAUUGAUCCUCGCUGCGUUCGUCACGGGCGUGUAUGCGUACUCGAUUGUGAUGGUCGAGCAAGACGACUUUUCUGAUAUUGAAAACAUUGGCGCCACGCCUAGCUCACAGCAGGCCCACGCUCCAGCGCCGGAUCGGGUGGCGGAAGUGAUGGAUACAUCGCUCCACGAAUCGCUCCGGCCCCGUGGUAUUCUAAGUGGGUCGGCAGAGAAACACACAUCAGGCCUAGUGCAGGAGCCAGCGGUGAACAGAAAGCUGAUUUGA